GAUAGUAUGAUGUCAUGACUGGCAUGACCGGUAAUUUUCCUUUUCUUUUCUAGUACAAGGAUGCAUUUAUGAAGACAAAUCCAGGGUACAAGUGGUACCCCUCGACAAACCAACCUGUAAAAACGCAGACAUCCACUGUUAGAAACCGGAAGAAGCUACGGGCCUUUGCUUCAGACUCUGCAAAAGAUUUACCAAGCCCGAGGAAAGUGACAAAAAGUGACAAAAUGCCACAGCUUGACUUCGGGAUGGCAGAUCCGACACAAAUGGGAGGCCUGAGUGUGCUGCUUUUAGCAGGGGAACAUGCCACGACUGCACAAGGGGAGCUGGGAGCUGUGUCCCUAGAUGGGUAUUUUCAUCUUUGGAAAGCAGAGCACACGCUAUCAGAGUUACUUUCCACACAGUUGCCAUACUGCAGGGAGAAGGUAUGUUUGGCUUGUGGUCAGUGUAUGCAGGAGGAUCACAGGCACAUGUCUCCUUUCUGGAUUCCAGGCAGCCUUCUCACAAUGUUAGAUCCGUCUGUUCCAAAGAAUGGGGCAGUGGCCUGCAGCCAAGACUUCACCUCGCGUCUGGAGCAGGACAGCGUGGCGUUGCCUGUUCGAAGUAUUCGGUGGGUGAGGUUCUACGAGCACAUCAUCACAGUGGGAACAGGGCAAGGUUCCUCCCUGUUUUAUGGUAUCAGAGCCCAGAGGUUCCUGGGUGAAAAGCCCCCCUGCUGUGCCUGCUAUGGACAGAAGCAGAAAUUAGGAGGAAAUGGAGUUUUGCAGUUGACUGCUAGGAAAGGCUGGCUGGUUGAAGAGUGCACCUCAGACUUCACUAAUGCAGGCUAG